AUGGAGCAGGGCUACAUCCACGGCCUCAACAGCUCCCUGCACGGCUGCGGCUUGGGCGACGUGCCGGUCGUCUACUACAGCCUGCUCCUCUGCUUGGGGCUGCCAGCUAACAUUUUGACCGUCAUCAUUCUGUCACAGUUGGUGGCUCGCAGACAAAAGUCCUCCUAUAAUUACCUUUUAGCGCUGGCAGCUGCUGACUUGCUGGUGCUUUUCUUCAUCGUCUUUGUCGACUUUUUGCUGGAAGACUUCAUCUUGAAAAAACCAAUGCCAGAUAUUCUGGACAAAAUCAUCAAGGUCUUGGAGUUUUCUUCAAUUCACACAUCCAUUUGGAUUACAGUGCCACUGACCAUCGACCGAUACAUUGCCGUCUGCCACCCUCUCAAAUACCACAUGGUUUCUUACCCAGCUCGUACGCGAAAAGUGAUCCUAAGCGUUUACACCAUCUGCUUACUGACCAGCAUCCCUUACUAUUGGUGGCCCAACAUUUGGAAAGAAGACUACACCAGUACGUUGGCCCACCAUGUCCUAAUCUGGAUCCAUUGUUUCACUGUCUACUUAGUUCCCUGCUCCAUUUUCUUCGUCCUGAAUUCAAUUAUCGUGUACAAGCUUCGACAGAAGUGCAAUUUCCGACUGAGAGGUUAUUCCACGGGGAAAACCACGGCCAUCUUGUUUACAAUCACUUCCAUUUUUGCCAUUCUUUGGGCACCAAGGAUUAUCAUGAUUCUGUACCACCUUUACGUCUCACCAAUCAACAACAGCUGGUCGAUCCACAUUGUCUCCGAUGUUGCCAACAUGCUUGCUCUGUUGAACACAGCCAUCAAUUUCUUCCUGUACUGCUUCAUUAGCAAGCGAUUCCGCACAAUGGCAGCUGCAACGCUUAAGGCUUUCUUUAAAUGUCAAAAGCAACCUGUUCAGUUCUAUACAAAUCAUAACUUUUCAAUAACUAGCAGCCCUUGGAUAUCCCCUGCCAACUCUCACUGUAUCAAAAUGCUCGUUUACCAAUAUGAUAAGAAUGGAAAGCCUAUAAAAAUAUCCCCGUGAUUGCCACAGGAAAGGUUAACUGAUGAGUGCAAGUUAUUUUCAAUUUGUUACAUCAGUGUGAUGUAAUUGCCAAAAUGCUCAUUAGAAAGAGUGGCCAUUGGGUACUGUUUCUCUGAGAGCCAGGAGGUAGGCUGGAACUGUUAACAGGAGCCUCUGAUGCUGAGGAGAAAGAGUGAUGGCAAAGUCUCUUCCUUCCUGGGGGGCAUGUUGGAUCUCUCUGGAGCCAGAGAGAUCAAGAGCAACGAUUACAGAUUCAAGCACAGGUGCCAUGCAAAGUUUUUGGUGAACAGCUACCAUAAUCUGUAUCUGCAGCUAUGAUAGAACUGAUAUCUCUCACUCACAAACACACACCAUUCAUUUUGUGUACUUCUUGAGAGCACUCUUUACAUCAUAUGCCUUUGCUUUUGCUUAAUCCUGGCACGGAAUCUUACUGCAUGAAUUUUCUCAUGUUGAAGAAAGAAAUCGGCAAAGGCGUCUGUACUUUGAGCUCGUCGUCUUUGUGGGCUUUCUGGAACAAGGCCGCAGAAGCAGAAGCCGCCCUUUUUAACCUUGGCAUGUGAAAGCUACAGCUAUCUCUAGGAGCAUGAGCAUUGAGUUGUAUGCAGUCCUGAGAGCAUUUUGCGGGAGGAGAGGCGUUUUUCUAGAGCAAAGAACAAAAACAACAGAUUUGGGCAGCUGUUUAGCUAUGAAUAGGAUCUUUCAAGGUUUGAUGUUCAGUCCUGGAAGGUACGUUUGUUCCCGGAAAGUGCUGCGAGACACUGAUUUCUUUUAUGAUUGAUAUAUUGUCUAUAAGUACCACAGAAGCCUAAAAAACCUGAACCUUUCUUGGAUGGGCUCUGAAGUGGUUGUGUACACACUUGAGAAACCCAAGAAUGUAUGAAGUGUGGGUUCUUUUGUGGCUGUACAAAGACAUGACAGGGUCUAACAUGGAAUAAUUAACAUGUUUAAAAACAAUCUGUUUGUGGAAGUAACAUGCUGGAGCUCUUAACCAGCUUUCCAGUGACCAAGAACCAUGUUGUUUGAGCAGAAUGUUUAAAACAAUUAUAUGUAAGCAAGUAUUCAAAAGACCUAGCUUUACAACCUGGCAAGAAGAAGUGUACUGUAAGCAACACCAGCGUUUCUGGACAUUCAGGAAACACAGAGGAAAAGGCCGACUGUCAGCAGUGACUUUCAUCUCUUAUCUGCUCUUGAAGAACAAUUAUACUGGCCUUAAAGAAUACGAGCAGAACUCCUGGUAUCGCAUUCAGCGUCAUCACAUGGGUGGGAUUUUGGCAAAACUGUAAGCAUCUAAGUGUAUUUUCCUGCACAUGUUCCAUUCACUUUGUUCAUCAUAAAUCCACUUCUGCCAGGUAUUACAAUCCACCACAAAAAUAAUUGUUUUGCUGUUUUCAGGGUCCCAUUUUAAAGGGGGGUGGUUUCCAGGGGGCUGGGUGGUGCCCUAAGAGUCCCCAUUGCCUAAGAGCAGGUAUAACAAGGCCUCAAGCUAAGAACAUGUUUACAGUCCUUUUGUAUAGGAAGAUAGAUGCCAGUGAAAGGAUGGACAUAAAUAGCAGCUCCUAUUUAAGUGGGUGCCCCUUUCCAGGGGAGAUGUGUACAGUGGCAAUAACUGAUGUGAGCAAGAACUCUGCAGGAUUGGACCUUAGUAGGAGUCUUAAUAAGAUCUUAGUGGGGGUCAUCACCUAUUUUGUGCUGCCAGGAUCCUAGCAGU